CCGGUUACAACCACAGCAACAACGGCAACAGCAAAAAAAUAUAACGACAUCACGGACAGCGUUGAAAUCAAACCAUCAAUAACCGUUCAAGUACGAGAGAGAACAGAAAAGAAUUGACAGAGCUGGGCCUUCGCCGGCCAAAUUGUAGACCGCCCAGACACGAUUGAAGAUGCAGCAAAGAAAAUCACACACCAAAUCGAGGAAGGGCUGCUUCGCAUGCAAGCAGAGGCAUGUCAAGUGCGACGAACAAGGCCCUCCCUGUGUCAAUUGCGUGAUCCGCAGUACCGAAUGCCUGUAUCCACCGCUUCCCAAGUCUCCCACCUCUCGUCCGAAGAGGAAACCAGAGUCGAUCCGAAUCCUCAACGACUCACAAGAUGCCACCUCUUUAUCCUCCUCCAACUCCUCAUCCUCGUCAGCAACCCCACCGUCGUCCUCAUCAUACCCAUCGUCAGAAGCGUUGCGGUCCAGGCACACGUCGAGAAGUGACUCCCAGCGACUACGAGUGCCUGAUCUUGCGACACCUCGUCGUUCCCCCUUCCCUUCACCUUCCCGCUCCGCCUCCGCCUCUGCCUCCGCCUCUGCCUCCGCCUCAGCCUCAGCCCUGACCUCCGUCACCCUCCAAUCACCCCCGCGAUCAAUCUCAUCGUCUCUGUCAUCUGGGUCUCUGUCUACCUCUCGAAGCUCAGACCGGAUGCUUGAACUCGAACUCAUGCACCGAUGGUCAACACGGACCUGGACUGCCGUCCAAUGCCUUCCCUCAGAGCAACCAUUCCUACAAAACUUCCUGCCACGGAUAGCCCUGCAAAAUGGUUUCAUCAUGGAUGGCAUUCUGGCCAUGGCUGCCGCCGACAUGGCCAUCAACUCGUCCUCCGAUCCCGCAGUCUCGUCGUCCUACCUCCGCACCGCCCUCGAGUAUAGCAACCGAGCGAGCGCCGACUUUCGCACCCGCCUUUCCGACAUCAACCGAGACAAUCUUUACCUGCUCUACUAUUUCGCCAUGAUCGCCGCCUUCUUUAAUUUCACCAUCCCUGCUCAACGACUCACCCCGCUCGACCACGCUGACAUGGCCUUUGCCAUGGUGCUCGGCGCCACCAACAUCGCCACGGUGAACAUCGAGUGGCUCUUGGACAGCCCCGCCCAGCUCCAGAGUUUCAAGGACGGCUUAAACUACCGCCUCGAGCUCCUCGAUACCCUCGACCUGGACACACGCGCCGCCAUCGCCGGCAUGUCCUCCGUCAUCCAGGCCGUCCGCCUGCCUCCCGAGGAGACGGACAGCGGGGAUCUCCCGGCAGGACUCGGUCCUCUCGCCGUCGAAAACUUCAACUACCAGCUCGCGGUGGGGCAGACCAAGUACGCCUUCGCCGAAGAGCACCAUCGCGACGUCAUAACCACCAACUUCCUGAGCGUCAUCGCUGUCGCCGGCCAGCCUUAUGCCGAUGCGGUCCGCGCCCGCGAGCCCGUUGCCCUCUUCAUCCUCAUGUACUGGGCCGUCCUUGUCGACCGCUCUUCCACCGACCCUUCCAACGGCUGGUGGGUUGGCAAGGCCGGCCGGGACCUCGUCGCCGACAUCUCCGAGCUUCUCUACCGGUCCCCCAUGAUGAUGGCCGUUCCUGAAGUGCGCAACGGCAUUGCCUGGGCGCGGAUGCAAGUCGGCUUGCCGCCCUUGUCGGGCUGCGUGUGGAUCAAGGUGGGGGAGGGGCUGAGAUUAAUCGACACCGCGCCAUCAGAUGCCCUGGAAGCGGUUUGAGGCGUUAAGUUGGGGCUGAUGAGAGACAUUUGUGUAUAGCGAUCUGGUUCAUUUCUCUUGCGUAUUUUGUCAUGAAACCUAUAAUAUUUUCAGUUAACAUUUAGUCUGACAUGGUCUUAUGAAAUUUAUGAAUAUGGCAUAGAACUGCAACAGGACACAUAUAGGCACAGAUUGAUACAAGAUGAGGUAUGGUAUAAAUAGGACAGGGUAGCCAGAACCGAGAAGGGGGGGAGAAAGAAUAAAAC